CAAACCAUGUCCAAGCUGGUGAACACUGUCUCACACCGUCCCGGGGACAUACCUCUCCCAGCAGCACGGUGCACGCCCCUUUGAGGUUGAACGUGCCCCGGAAAACGUCACUGACACGCCGGGAGUCUCCCCCUGAGCUCCGGCCGAGACCCGACUCACUCCGGGACUGGUUGUUCACAGGAGACUCUCCUACUCUGCUGCCCUUCGCCAUACAUACAUGCAGGUUAAAUCCGCUGCAGCUGGACAAAGGAUUGAAAAUCGCCUACAAGAUCCAAGAAGUCCCUGAGGACUGCUCGUAAAUCUGCUCCCUGUUUGUGGCAUCGCAUUCCACAGAGAUAACGGAAACAGCACUAAGGGUCACAAAAGGUCAAGAGAGGUACCGAUCUAUUGAACAAAAUGGGGAAAAGUAACAGCAAACCUUGGACUGUGCCUGAGAAGUCCAAGCUGAAGGGAUGUGCAAAGAUUAUGUGCGAGAAACACGGUGAUAAGACAUGCCAACAGCUUCCUCUGUGGGUGAAGACAUUUGGAUUUCCGGAGAAUGGUAGUUUCAGUGUACGUCGGAUACGGCUGCUGCAAGAGGAACUGGAGGAUUAUGAGAAAAAGAAGGGUUACGGCAGCGUGGACUGGAAAGAAUUUCGGAUGUGGAAACAGGAAGCCGAGCUACGACAGGGAUGGCAAGAGAAGGGGCGCAAGAAAGCCCCGAGGAAAUCUAGUCCCUCACAUCCACAGAAAGACCUGGCUCCUCUCCCUGCCCCGGCCCCACAUCCGCCUGUGGAUCCACGGCGGGAGGUCCGAGGUCAGCCGACCCCAGCAGAACGCACCCCGCCGGGCCGGAGGUCCGCUCCAUCACCACAUCCCUCCGCAGAAGACGUGCUGGUCGGAGAACAGACAACCCACGCCACCUACAAAACAAUUAAUGAGCCUCAUCUGAGGGAAAGCGGUGCUGGGGUCUCCAAGGCUUUGACCCUAGAUUCAGAGGCAACAAGAUCACCAACAACCAACGGCAUCAAAAGUAUUGAGGGGCGUGAUCUGAGAGAGACUGGAGCCGGAGAGAUGGAGGUCUACAGAGCCUGGACACAAGAUUCAGGGACAAGGAGAUCACAGACAACCCCCGUCUUCCGAACAGGUGAUGGGCCUAAUCCCAGAGAUAUUGGAGCAGGAGCCAUGGAGGUCUACAGACCAUCAAGCUUACAGAAAACCCACAACGCCAUCCAAAUAGUUCAGGUGCCCUAUGCCUACGGGGUCUGGACGCCAGACGAGAUGCGCUCCUUUGCCAAGGAACUGCCAGACGUAACCAAACGAGGAGGGGCUGCAUUUGUUAAAAUCCUGUCCCUGAUUGUGCAGGAAUUCAAACCGAGUCUGAGAGAAAUCCAGAGUCUCCUGAUCCACAAAUUGCUACUGAAAUUUAGCAAAGUAAAAGGAAACUGGCUGGAGAGAGACGCCCCUUACGACUGGACCCCAGGCGCUGGGUAUCGCAAACACGUAGAGGAGCUCUACGAGAGAAUUGAAACAGCGUUCCCUGUGAGAUUGAAGGCAAUAUGCUGCAAGAAACAGCCUGACGAAACGGUGGACAACUAUCUGAUCAGACUGACCGAGGUCUUUGAAGACAACAGCGGAUUGGUUCCAGCAGCAGACCCAAACAUGUCCCUAUAUGAAUCCAUGCUAAUUUACUACUUCCUGCAGGGCCUGGAUGAACAAAUUAAAGACCAGGCAUUCAAACAUUCGCCAUUCUGGGAGACAGGACGCCUGUCAUCCGUCCGAGCACACGCCGUCCACGCUGAAGAGACUCUGAGGGUCUUGGAAGACAAGAGAAAGCAAGAUAGAGUUCGACUGGAGGAGAGGUUCAUGAAGGUGCUGAUUCAACUUCUGCAGGCGGAAAAUGGAUGGAGAAACGGAGGUCGAGGUCCGAGCAGGGGAUCACGGAGGCACGGAUGCUGGAAUUGUGGCGACCUCUCCCACUGGAAAAGAGACUGUGACCAGUCAGGAUGAGGACCGAUGGGCGGUAGAGGAAGUAUUCAGAUUCUUUACUUAAAGUCCCCCUCCAUUACAUUUUUUUUUCUAUGUUUAUUGUCAGGUUCAGGUCACUUAAACUUAUUAAAUCAAAGACGGUCAAGCAAGAAAACGAGACGCAGACGGUAAUGAGCAGUUAAUAGACAAUUGCAAGAGGGAAGCACACACGAGGAGCCUCCUAUCUCCUGCAAGGCUCUCAGGGAACUAUUUCUCUGUAGCUCUGUCGUUUUUAUUAAACACACACACACACAAAGAUUCACAGUUGUUGGUACAAAUAGGACAUCUGUUAUUUGGUUUAUGCCUACGCUAAAAGAACCAAGGCAAAGUGCAGGCCGCUUGGGCAACGUGUACUCUGACUGACCUCGAAUCUGAGACAUUUAUUGUCUCUGUGAUAUACAGCAGCGAGACAUUUACUGCCUGUGUUAGGCAGCAGUCACUAAAGAAACACAGUUUGUUAGAAACACACUUUGUUAAAGGUGCAUACAAGAAUAAUAUAAUAAGAAUGAAGGUUAUACUACUUUAAGACACUACUACAGAGAAAUAAGAAAUAAAAGACUUUAUAAAAAUGAAUUCUCUAUCAUUUAUGUCCCCCUAAAAUGUCACCCAUAUGUCUUUUCCACCAAGGCAGUUCUGGUGCUGGUUCGGAGUCAGUGCCAAAUAUUGAACCGGUUCUUUGCUUUUCCACACAAAUAAACCUGGUUCUGGGCCCAGAACACGGGUCCAACUCAGAACCAACUCAGCGCUGGUCCAGAGAUAAGAACCGGUUACGUCAGGUGCUGGGAGCGGGGCCCGAUAGGCUUUUUGUCGGGGAAAUUGGGACUGCCCCGGUCAAACCGGGACGUCUGUUCACCCUAACGGUGUUUUGCUUGACGCUACUGAUGUUGCCAUCGCAAGCUAGCAAAAGAUUAAAUAAACGUUAAAUCAUGCGAGAUAAUUCCCUUUCUUCUUGAACGUAUCCUCGGUCCAUAGCGGUCACGAACAGCUGUAGGUAAAUGUUCUCCGUCAGUUAGCGUCCACUAAAAGUUGUUUUUGCCGCUGACAGACUCAGACUCAGUGUUUGACAACGUUAUGGAAAGGAUCCCUACAGAGAUCGGUCUUUAAAACCUCUUUAAGACCUUUCUGUUUAACCAGAAACAGCUCCGAGGUCGCCCAAGCCAAACCCACCAGACUCCAUUUAAAAAAGCAAAACCUUUAGCAUGUA